UGCAAAGUCAGCUAGCCGGCCACGAGACGAAAGGUCCUAGUCGCUCGCGCCUUCAUCGGGCCAAAAUUACGAACCACAACGGCAAAUUUUCAAAGCGCAAUCUGACUGGAUUUGUAAUCCAUCAAUCCGUGCUCUUGCCCAUCGUAAUUUUAUGUGAUUCAUUUUUUUGACGAAUUUCUAGGAUUGGAGAUCGUGAUUUGAGCGGAACAAAAUGGAGGACGAGAAGAAGAAGAAGAGAAACAAGAAGAAGAAGAAUAAGAACAAAGAGACGAAACACGAGGAGGACAUUGCGGCGGGUGGUGCUGAUGAGUAUCGCAUGUUCAAUGGGGAUGAUAAUCAUAACGAAGACUUGGAGACGACCAGGAUUGAAAAUAGUGGUGUGGAUCUGAGUAAAUACCAACACAAUUCCAAUGGUGCAGAAGGCGUUAUGUUGGAAGAGAUAAUCAAACAAUUGCGAAAUGAGAAAGACUCUUGUGUUCAGAAAGAGGCUACAUUACAAGAGACAAUCAAACAAUUACGCUGUGAAAGUGAUUCGUACCUGGAAAGAGUGACCACCUUAGAAGAAAAGAUGAAAAAAUUACAAAGUGAAAAUGAUCUGCACAUUCAUGAAGAGGCUGCUUUAGAGCAGACAAUCAAAGAAUUACAAAAUGAAAAGAAUUUACACAUGCAAAAAGAGGGUGUUCUAGAGAUGAGUAUUUUAAACUUACAAAACGAAAAAAGUAUCUGGCUUCAAAAAGAGGCUGACCUGAAAGGAAGAAUUAGAGAAUUACUGGAUGAAAAUGCUGCCUUGAAUUUGAAGGGGGAAAGCUUGAAGGAAAAAGUAGAACUUCUGCAGAGAGACAAAGAUUCUUGGAUCCAAAUGAAGAACAUAUCUAAAGAUACAUUUACUUGCCUGAAUGAUGAUAUCACACAACUAAAGAUGCAGGUGGUGGCAUUGGAAGAAUCUAGGAAUUCUCUCAUAAAAGAAAACCAACAACUGAAUGAAUAUGUGUCUAGCCUGCAGUUACAGCUUCAAAACCGUGAAAAUACUGUUUCCUCUGCUCGUACACCCAAUGCUAUUAAUAAGCAGACUUCUGAAGAAGACUUCAACACUCAGAUUGAUGCAGCAUGUCGACUAGUUGAUAAGUUGAUCUCAGAAAACGUAGAGCUUGUUGAGAAGGUGAAUGAGUUGUCUGUUAAACUUGAUCGACAAACUCAACAAGUUGGGCUAUCUUCUGGCAUUGAAAGUGAUUCAUCUGAACUCAAAUCUGAAUCCAGUGUACAUGUACCAAUGUUGAGCCAUAAGCAGGAGUCUCCAGAAAUAGUAGAGGUUAAAGAUGAGAGAAACAUAAUUCAUAAUGUGCAUACACAGCGACCUGCUUUUGUUCCAAACCCUUCAGAAUCUGACGACUCUGCAGAAAUUGUCCAAAUUCCCUUGAAUGAUAAUGAAGUUCGGGAUCUGGAGUCACAAGCUGAUGAGAUGUAUGAAAAUGCUGUUGUACCGCUGUCAGAUGCUCCACUUGUUGGAGCUCCUUUCCGAUUAAUUUCAUUUGUCGCCAAAUAUGUUAGUGGUGCUGACUUGGUCAACAACUCUUCAAAUAUGGUAUCUUAGUUUGAUUAUAUAAUCCAUCAAUUUUGUAUACCUGAAGGAUGUACGUUGAGAUUUAGAAAUUUAAGUGGACUGAGAUUUGGCCAUUUACAUUGUUUUAUACUGGAAGAAUGUAAGCUAUUGAGAGCUACCCUGAUGCGAAAAUGAAUACCUUUUAUACCUCA